AUGAGGGCUCGACUGCCCGACCCUUUCAGUGUAGACGAACAGGUGCUCAAUGAUAGUACUAUCCGUGAAUAUGCCGACCAUUCAGAUACUAUAACCUCAGUGUAUGUCAGGUAUCUGUACUUCAUUGACGGCUUAAUGACAUUUAUGCGCAAAAUUGGUACCGAAGAGGGUCUCAACCCAAAGACAUUUACUCUGCCCAUCGAUUGGACUCAACCCAUAUUCAACGGGUCCUUCUAUACGUCACACACAUACCCGUCCACAGGAAUCCUAUUAAUGAUUAUAUAUUUAUUUCCAAUGAUUUUCUCAGCGUUUCUCAUAUUAAAUGAUUUGCGAAACAAAUCACUGGAGCGCUCGUAUGUGGCGGGAGUGAAGCCGUUUGAAGUGUUUAUAGUGAUCAUGAUUAUUAUGACUGCCUUGAUAUCACUUCAAGUGGUCGUUUCCAUGAUAGUUAUGUAUAAUUUGUUUGAUAUCCCAAUCGACAGCUCAAUAUUACAAGUGUUUAUAUUACUCCUAUUGCACGGCAUAGAGGGUGUCGGCACCGGACUAUUCUUUUCACUACUUUUAAAGGACGAGAUAGUAAUCGUAGGCAUUGUAUUACCGCUUUUGAUCUGUUCGGGUGUCAUUUGGCCCUCAGAAGCCAUUCCUCUAUUUUUUCGUAUAUUCACUGAUUGGACACCAAUUACUUUGCCAUUAGAGUCGUUAAGAUCUUUACUGUUCCGCAGGUUAACUAUUGAGAGCACCCGGUUUCAUAUCAAGAUAUGA